AUGUCUGACAACCACUCAGGAAUUCUGGAAUUGAAACUGCUCGGGUUUUCUGGCUCACAAGAGUUCCGCCACAUGCUCUUUUCCAUAUUCUUCCUCCUUUACAUGGUGACAAUUAUUGGAAAUUCACUCAUCGUUAUUAUGGUAUGUAUGGAUUACCGCCUCCACUCUCCCAUGUAUUUCUUCCUCGGUAACAUCUCUGCUAUGGAGAUUUUAACCACCACCAUUGUUAUACCUACUAUGUUGGGAGGGUUACUGACCACCCAAAUUCAGACAAUGUCUUUUGGUGCAUGUAUGGCUCAACUCUUUCUUUUACUUUCUGUGGGGACUUCACAGUUUGUGUUGUUGGCAGCAAUGGCUGUAGACCGAUAUGUAGCUAUCUGUAAUCCCCUAAGGUACAGUGUCAUCAUGAACCACCAAGUCUGCCUCUGGGUGGUCAUUGUGUCCUGGGUAUUUGGGUUUCUCUUCCAAAUCUGGCCAAUUGUUGCAACAUGCCAGCUUUACUUCUGUGGGCCAAAUGUACUGAAUCAUUUCUACUGUGAGAGAGGCCAACUGCUCAGACUCACUUGUGGCGACAGCAGGUUUCAGCAAUUCAUCCUCUUUUUGAUGGCAGCUUUUGUUCUCUUUGGCUCUUUGCUUCCAACCAUAAUUUCCUAUAUAUACAUCAUCUGUACCAUCCUGAGGAUUCCUUCUGCAUCUGGCAGGAGGAAAGCCUUUUCUACAUGUGCCUCCCACUUCACCAUGGUAGUGAUAGGAUAUGGAAGUUGCUUAUUUCUCUAUGUGAAACCCAAGCAGACUGAUGCAAUUGAGUAUAACAAGAUGAUUUCCCUGAUUACAUCAGUAGUGACUCCAUUGCUGAACCCCUUCAUCUUUACUCUGAGGAAUGACCAAUUUAUAGAAGUCUUGAGAGAUGGAAUGAAACGGUUAAGUCAUCUCCUUAAGAAGUAG